GCUCGCUCCGUGGCUGAGAGAGCCGGUGCCAGUGUGUGGGCUGUACGCCGCGGCAUGUUAGGGAAAGAGACACUGACCCCCGUGUGAGCGCUGGGCUGGAAUAAGUCCUAUGGGAGGAUAACCCCUCGGGCUGGGAAGGGGCUCAUGCAGCCGAUAAGGGCGAAGGUUGCGGUUAAAGCCCAAGCUGGAUGGAUGGGUAUGGGGAGAGGGGCAGGACCCAAAGCCCUGGGAUUCUUCAAAAUCCUCACUGUCUUCUUGUGCACUUUUCAUACAGUGAGCUCAUCGUGCAAGAUUUUGAAGUGCACUGCUGACUACUUGCAAGCGACUUCCAACCCGCACCAUCACACAGGAGCUGAGGACACGGUGGAUAUCUGCACGGCAUUACGCACCUACGCCCACUGCAGCCGACGCACAGCACGCACUUGCAGAGGAGACCUGGCUUACCAUUCAACUGUCCAUGGCAUCGAUGACCUCAUGAGCCACCAUAACUGCUCCAAAGAUGGCCCCACCUCUCAGCCACGUGUGCGCAUCUUGCCCCCAGGAGACAGCCAAGAGAGGUCGGACAGCCCUGAAAUAUGUCAUUAUGAAAAAAGCUUCCACAGACCCUCUGCCCUUCCAAACUACACCCACUGUGGCCUCUUUGGAGACCCCCAUCUUAGGACGUUUUCAGACACUUUUCAGACCUGCAAAAUCCAAGGCGCUUGGCCCCUCAUAGACAAUAAUUACUUGAACGUGCAGGUUACCAACACUCCUGUGCUUCCAGGAUCAACUGCCACAGCCACCAGCAAGUUGACUAUCAUUUUCAAGAACUUCCAGGAGUGUGUAGACCAGAAAGUGUACCAGGCUGAGAUGGAUGAACUUCCUGCAGCUUUCAUUGAUGGUUCGAAAAAUGGUGGAGACAAGAGUGGAGCCAACAGCUUGAGAAUCAUUGAGAAAGUGGCCGGGCAGCACAUUGAGAUCCAGGCCAAGUACAUCGGCACCACAAUUGUGGUCCGUCAGGUGGGUCACUACUUGACCUUCGCAGUCCGGAUGCCAGAGGAGGUUGUGAAUGCUGUGGAGGACAAGGAUAACCAGGGACUUUACUUGUGCCUCCACGGUUGCCCUCAAAACCAGCAGAUUGACUUUCGAAACUUUCACUUGCAAGCCCCAGAGACUGGUCUUAAGAGGCUAACCAGUGCCUCCAGUGCUGCUUCCUUCACCCCCCAAACGGCAGAAGCCAAGUGCAAGGAGAAGCUGCCAGUGAAGGACCUCUACUUCCAGUCUUGCGUCUUUGACCUCCUCACCACAGGGGACGUGAAUUUCACAUUAGCUGCUUAUUACGCCUUCGAGGAUGUGAAGCUAUUACACUCCAACAAGAACAAAGUCCAUUUGUUUGAAAGGACCAUAGACUUGGGGCCUCCGAAUACUGCUCCCCGAGCCGGGAUGGACAUUCCCAAACUCCUAGUGGCUUUGGUGUGUUUGAUUCUUCAGUGCUGUGCAAUGUUGCUGUAAUUCUAUGUUUACUGUGUAAAUUCCCAACCGAAUAGGACUAUUUAAAUAAUAAAAAAACAAAAAACAAAAGAGAGUGAGAGAGAGAGACAGCUGUAGCUGAAAUGUAUUGGGUAUGUUAAAAGCACUCAGAAAUGUCCAAACAUUUACCCUGAACUCGCACACCCGACCAUUGACUCAGAAAAGGCAGCGUUUCCCUGGGAUUCUCAGUUGGAACUGCGCCUAAUGAAAAAGGACUGCUGGCAGGAGAAAGUAGCAAUCAGUUUUAGAGAGUAUUAACCCCUUCCGAGAAGAGCGUUCUUAUAGCAGGGUGUCAGGCAGCCAAUCGCAUGAAAGGAAAUAGCCGUUAGUGCGCAGGUAUUUUUAUGGCGAUCAACAUUACCUAGGGCAGUUCAUUUAAAGCACCAUACCUCAUCUACAGGAGAUAACAAGCGCAAAGGGGGAGGAGCUCACUCAUGGUACUGCAGGCAUUGUGGUGGCUGUGAAACUUGUGAAUGUGGCUUUGUGUUUCAUAAUAAGCUCUUAAUGCAUGAACUGUUAUUGAUUCUGGCCCAGUAUGAGACGCCUUAUAAGGAAUUACAAUUAUUCAUAGGAAAUGCCAGAACGUUGUUUGUGUAAAGGUUUCUCUUGUGUAGUGCUGGUAUUUAUUCAUAUCUUUAAAUGGGGCGGCAAACUGCUAAAUGGCAGUUUUUUGUUCCCUCCCCCAGGGGAUAACCGACUUUACCCCAUUAUGGUUACCCCCACUCCAGUGUAAGAGGGCCCUGUCCAGUGGUGAGACAGUGAUAAGGACUGCAAAAGCCACCUGAUUGGCUCCUCAGAGCUGGAGUUCUGCAUCGCUGGAAUUUGUAUAAAUAAGGUCCAGAAAGAAGGAUUGAAAAAAAAAAAAAAAAAAACCUGACAUUGAGCCUUCUGAGCAUGACAGUUGGGGGUGACAUUAACUGUAUGAGUGCAGCUGAAUUACUGGAA